AUGGCCUUCUUGGAGCUUUCCGAGCACAACCUCCUCCAGAGAGCUCCGGGCCCAUGCCGGGCAUCAGCCUCGGACCCUCACGGGGAUGACUUCUGGUGGAUAGCCGGGCACGUCGCCUACGAGGCUGCGCUGAAGCAUCACUUGCAGGCAGAGGCCGAAAACAUGGCACAUCCGCUGCCAGCCUCUUACGAUAGCACCGGCGCCUUGACGAACCUGCAGAAGGCAUACCUAAUGUGUCACUUCACCUUCGUCAUCUACGUGACGGAGAUGCCAACCCUGCACAUGGACGCGCGAACCUGGGGAUGGAACCUGGUGGGCUACGCCGAGUCGCUCCCUUACGCCAGCAAGGGCAGCCUGGUUCAGUUCAAUGACCAUGCUUCGCUGUACCAGCAUCCGAAGAGCCUGGAGUGCGCAUUGGUUUUCGAGGGCAGUGACCGAAAGGAUCUCAGCGACUGGGUCUAUGAUGCUGACAUCAAGACAACCCAAUUCUGCGGCUUCGAAGAUGUUCACAGCGGAUUUCGGGACAAGCUGAUGGCCAUGCUCAAAAGCGAUGAGUACGACCAGGCUAUUCGUGCGAAGCUGCCGCUGUGCGCUCGCGUGGCCGUCACUGGGCACUCCAUGGGGGGUGCGCAGGCUGAGCUGUUCACGGCGUGCGCGAACCGACAGACCCCAAAGCCGUGGCAGACGGAGGCGCUCUCCGACCACGAGUUAGUGUUCUUUCAGCUGACGGGGCCACAACUGUUGAAGCCCUUCCUGACGGAACAGGUUCCUGGGUUCCGCCUGCAGAAUGGGAAACGCUGCCUGGGCGUGAAGGGCCCUGUUGAGACGGCCUCGGGCCGAGGGCUCGCUGCUGAGCUUUGCCAGCCUACGGGGCCUCGAGCUUCGCAGCUCUGGCAGAUGCGAGAGGCUGGAACCAUCGUGAACGAAGCCUCCGGCAAGUGCAUGACAGUUGAUGACCAUGAUGUGACAAAGCCCAUCUCGCUGCACAGCUGUCGACAUCUUGCAGACGGCGCCGCGGCCUCGAAUCAGACCUGGCUGCACACGACAGAAGGCCUCCUGAAGCACAGGUCGGCCGACAAGUGUUUGAACGCCAAGUUGCAGCUGGAGAAAUGUCCCUUCUCCGACCAACAGUGGCAGCCAAGUGCUGAUGGCCACAUGGUCCAUCAGCUGUCCGGCCGGUGCCUAGAUGUCUCGGGACAAGUGGCCAUUGAUGGGGCGACCUUCGUCUUGAACGAUUGCGCGAGGGGGCCUGAUGGUGCAAAGCUCCAGCGCUGGAGCAUCUCGCAGUCUGGCUUGCUUCAGAGCCUUUCCGACAACAGCCUUUGUAUUGGCGUGAGGGUCACUGAGACUGGAGAUCAGGACCUGACGGUUCAAUCUUGCCCGCAGAAGGUUUCUCAUGAUCUGACGUGGCGUUUCCUCCCUGGUCACUACCUGAGGCAUACCGCCACAGGCAUGUGCGCAGAUGUGGCUGGCUCUCCGGGCACAGACAGAUACGCUGCGAUCAAGCUUGCGCCAUGUGACAAUCAGGAGCUGGAAACACCUGGAAUCUGGAGGUUCUCGCACGAAGGCUUCCUCGUGAACCAGGGCAGCGACUGGCUGUCAGCCUCAAAAUGCAUCAGUGCGCAUCCUCACGGAGAUGAUGCCAGUGCCAUCAGCCUUGAUGUUUGCGAGUUGGGCACCGACCAGACGUGGGAGGUGACGACCAACGGCAUGAUUCGCAGCACGCUCGGAAGCAGGAAGUGUGUGACGCUGGGCAAGUCUUCGCAGCCGCAGCUUGCAACUUGCAGGGAAGAUUCUGAGACGCAGUAUUGGAAGCAGCUCGAUGGCGCCCUCCUCCAGAAUCGUGCCGCAGGCAGCUGCCUGGCUGCUGCGGUCCAAGACGAGCUUGAGUUGCGGCCUUGCACGCCCUCGGACCCCUCCCAGCGCUGGGAGAGGGAGCUGCUCCCGGCGAACAUGAGAAAAGGCGCCAGGUCAGCAGUUCCGAGCUUCCCGCUACACGUUUGCGUGCCUGGCAAAGCCAAGGGGCUGAAGACCGGACGGUUCGGGGCCCUCCCAGCUGCAGCUGGAAUGCCAGAUCUCGGCGACUUGACGGAGCCAUUGCUGGGGCAGAUGAGACUGUCAGAAAGCGAUGGACUGCAAACACAAACUUCCUGCUUCCGGGAUGCAGACAAGAUUCUGGUGACAUGGGCGGGAUCCCAUCUCCUGCAUGUUGAUGUCAGGUUUGCCAACUACACCGAUGAGCAUGUGAAGGAACUCUCCAAAAAACUCAAGUCGAUGGACUGGAAGGCCACGGGGAACUGGGAGAAGUCGGACCUCGAAGUAGUCUCCCAGCCCCCGGCUGUGGUGAAGGAGGUGGGGCGGCUUCCGGGGGCGGACUUUGUCGCCUCUCGGCGCUGUGGCCACGCCAGAGUCACCAGGGAUUACUAA